AUGAGCAUCACAGCCAGACGGAUGGAACAAGAACGACAAGAAGCAAGAACGCGAUUGGCUGCUACUAACAUGGGACAGGAGCAACCACCUCCUUCUGUUCCAACCCUGGUGGACAGGACUAGGCCAGUAAUCAGUACCAAUCCUACCCACCUUCCAGCAUCAACUUCCCAAGCAAUAUUGGAAGAACCCCCAAGGCCGGCUUUCCACCAAGCUGCUCAAGCGGACAGUUCUAAAGGCAAUGAGGAAGAAAUUCAUGGGAUCUCUAUUACCAGUUUAGGUAUUGAUCGAGCAAUGAUGCCGGAGGGCAUCAAGAACGCCAAAAUAAAAGGAUCGUGGGACAGAGCAAGCAAUAUGGCGGCAUUACCAGGUAAGUGCUCGCCAGGUGGGGGUGACAGUGAAAGUGGUGGAGCCGGUGAGGAAGUUAUGAACCAGCUCCUAGAAACCUUUGGGUCGGACAGCACAAAGAUCGCCCUGCUGGACACUGGCUAUUGUCGCAAAAGUCGCCACGGACUUGGCCUCAUCACCAGCAGCAACAAACUUCACGAAGCCUGCCAGAAGGUCCUCAAGAAAGAAGAAGACACCUUCAAGAACCAACGCUUCCAGUUCUUACACUACCUGGUCCGACUAGGCUACUCAACUGAGUUUGUGGAAGAUUAUGUGGAACGAGGUCUGAUGCCCCGCAUCAUCAAGGAAACCUACGUCAACUUCUUGGCUCUGCUCAACAAAAUCCGCCACAAAGAUAUGGGCGCAGAUGAAGCCUGGGAAGACUCUGAGGCCUACGUCAUACUCCAGGUCCACUCGGAGAAUCUCCUGGACAUUUGCACGAACUCCAACAGCAAGAAGAUGUUGCUCCUCCAGAAUUACAUCUACCUCUGCGAUGCCCGCAAGAAAGAUUUUUGCAGCAACACCAUCACUGAGAAGAACAUUGAACGAGUGAACAAGACAAACCAGAAGCUCCAAAGGGAGUUGGAAUCCCUUUGGGCGGCCAAAGGUCGAGGAGGCCGGGAACCUACCAAGGACAAGGACAAGGAAGGAGAUUCGACUCUCAAGAAGUGUUCUCAAUGCAAGAGUCGCACUCUGCAAACUGCCUUGAAACUCAAACACAACAAGACUGUCUGCCCCCCUGGCAGGGCAUGCCGGCUCAUGGGCCAAGGUCGCGGCGGAACAAGUUGCUACUGCCGUCUUGGCCAACAAGGAGCGCCCGGUUGGAGAUAUUAUCAAGGAAGUAUCAGACAACUGGCCCAAGAGAUCCUAGGCCGGGGGAGAAACUGGCAACCACCGGAGGUGCCACACAUGUGGUAUACUCUGGAGCAAAAUUCCGGAGGAGCCGCUUGGUCUACUCUGGGGACAUAUCCGAAGGGCCGCCGAAAGGCCAUCUACUACUUUGGGGACCACCAUUCCGAAGGGACGACCGAAAGGUCUCCACUUUGGGGACAAUGCACACAUCACACAUCAAGCCAAAUGAAGCAGUCACUCAUCAUCCAAACUGCCUCCUACAAUCAACACCCACCACCACCACCACACUUGUGA